AGAUUAUCGAGUCGCGAUAAGUGCUAUCGUCUUGUGUAUGUGUAAAUGUGUUGGGAAUAAAACAUAAACAUUUGUGUACAUAUUAUAUUGAUCAACAAUGGCCGACGCAUGGGAUAUCAAAUCGCUGAAAACAAAGCGCAAUACGCUGCGGGAAAAGUUGGAGAAGCGCAAAAAGGAGCGCUCUGAGAUACUGUCAGAUAAACAGGAGGAUCAAUGCAAGAAAGAGCUCGAAGAAGUCGAUGUUGAAGUGCAAAAGGCUGUGCUGCAGUCUCUCAGCGCCGCCACGCUGGUCUUGCCCAUUGUUUCCACACAGAUUGUGGAAAAAAUUACAAAUGUGACAGAAAACCCAAACUUGGAAAUGGUAAACUUUAUAUUGAAGAAGUUGGCCAAUCAAGGUGCGAUUAGCAUAAGAAAUGUAACCAUUGGCACAGAAGCAGGCUAUGAGGUUAUAUCAGUGCAGACCAAAGAGCUGCUAGAAAUUUACAACGAUGUCAACGACACUUGCCAAAACAAAGAGGAGGCAGAUGCCAAACGCAAAUUGGACGAUAGAGCAGAGGUGCUGGACAGCGAUGAGGAGGUACAGCGCAAAGUGCCUAAGGUGGAUGGGAAGUCAGCGCGUAAGGAAUCCACGAGCUUAGAUACCUCGGAUGAUAUUAUGAUGCUGUUAUCGAUGCCUUCAACGCGUGAAAAGCAAAGCAAGCAAGUUGGAGAGGAGAUUUUGGAGCUACUCACCAAGCCGACUGCUAAGGAGCGUUCAGUGGCCGAGAAAUUCAAAUCACAUGGUGGCGCCCAGGUUAUGGAAUUCUGUUCACAUGGCACCAAAGUGGAAUGCCUCAAAGCACAACAGGUGGCCAAUGAGAUGGCAGCCAAGAAGAAAAUUGAGCGUCGCGAGGAAAGGGAAUUGCGUAGAGUGGCGGCUGCAAAUGCUGACGCCGACAAGGUGGUCACGGUCACAUUGAGCUCUGAAGAUACAGAGGAUGGUGAGAUUACUUCAGAGGCAAUCAACACCUGCGAAGUCGAUUCACAGGCCUCUACAGAUGACAGUGAAUCCUCCGGUGAAUCUGACAAAUGCACCAAGCUGCACUUCAAAAAGAUUAUACAGUCCCACACAGAUGAAUCGCUGGGCGAUUGCAGCUUUCUGAACACCUGCUUCCAUAUGGCCACUUGCAAGUAUGUGCACUACGAGGUGGACACGCUGCCACACAUCAACAACAACAAACCUACAGAUGUGAAGACCAAGCUCAGUCUAAAGCGCAGCAUCGACCCCAGCUGCACCUUGUAUCCGCCACAGUGGAUACAAUGUGAUCUGCGUUUUCUUGACAUGACCGUCUUGGGUAAAUUUGCCGUUGUCAUGGCCGAUCCACCAUGGGAUAUACACAUGGAGCUGCCCUACGGCACUAUGUCCGAUGAUGAGAUGCGUGCGCUGGGUAUACCCGCGCUGCAGGAAGAGGGCCUCAUAUUUCUGUGGGUUACAGGGCGUGCCAUGGAGUUGGGACGUGACUGCUUGAAGCUAUGGGGCUAUGAGCGCGUCGACGAGCUCAUUUGGGUUAAGACCAAUCAACUGCAGCGAAUCAUACGCACGGGACGCACUGGACACUGGCUGAAUCAUGGCAAGGAACACUGUUUGGUGGGCAUGAAGGGCAAUCCCACGAAUCUCAAUCGCGGCCUUGACUGCGAUGUCAUUGUGGCCGAAGUGCGUGCGACCAGUCACAAGCCAGAUGAAAUAUACGGCAUUAUAGAGCGCCUCAGUCCAGGUACACGUAAAAUAGAGCUAUUUGGACGUCCACACAAUAUACAACCCAACUGGAUAACGUUGGGCAAUCAGCUUGAUGGCAUACGCUUAGUAGAUCCCGAGCUGAUCACCCAAUUCCAGAAGCGGUAUCCCGAUGGGAAUUGCAUGUCACCCACAGCGGCUGCGGCGAAUGCUAUUAAGAACUAAGACACUAUUGCAUUUAGUUCG